AUGAACCAGAUCAAUCACACUACAGUGAAGGAAUUUGUCUUCUUGGCACUGACGCCCUUCCGAGAGCUGGAGCUCUUCUUGUUUGUGGUCUUCUUUUCAGUGUACGUGACGAUGGUGCUGGGGAAUGCCCUGAUCGUGGUCAUUGUCACCUCAGAAUCCCGCCUCCACACCCCCAUGUACUUCCUUCUGAGGAACAAAUCAAUCCUGGACAUUGUGUUUUCCUCCAUCACCGUUCCUAAGUUCCUGGUAGAUCUUUUAUCAGAGAAGAAAACCAUCUCCUACCAUGGCUGCAUGGCACAGAUAUUCUUCUUCCACUUUGCUGGCGGGGCAGAUAUUUUUUUCCUCUCUGUCAUGGCCUGUGAUAGAUACCUGGCAAUUGCCAAACCCCUGCACUACAUGACCAUCAUGAGGAAAGAAGUAUGGAUGGCCUUGGUGGUGGCUUCCUGGGUAGGUGGUGGCUUGCAUUCUAUUGUCCAGAUAUUUCUUCUGCUUCCCCUCCCCUUCUGUGGCCCCAACACCCUGGAUGCCUUCUACUGUGACGUGCCCCAGGUGGUGAGGCUGGCCUGCACGGACACCUUUGCGUUAGAGCUUCUCCUGAUCUCCAACAAUGGGCUGGUCACACUGCUGUGGUUCCUCCUCCUCCUGGGCUCCUACACGGUCAUUCUGGUGAUGCUAAGAUCCCAUUCUGGGGAAGGACGGAAAAAAGCCCUCUCCACCUGUACCUCCCACAUCCUGGUGGUGACUCUCCAUUUCAUGCCCUGCGUUUACAUCUACUGUCGGCCCUUCAUCACCCUGCCCAUGGACACGGCCGUGUCCAUCAAUAACACCGUGGUCACCCCCAUGCUGAACCCCAUGAUCUACACCCUGAGGAACCAAGAGAUGAAGUCAGCCAUGCGGAGACUGCAGAGGAGACUUGGGCCCUCUCAGGGCGAGAAGCUAGGGUGA